CCCUCAGCCCCGAGGCCUCUUGCCGCCACCUCCUGAGCACAGCAGCAGCAGCCGAGGCCGCGUUAUAUUUUAGUCGUUACAUCUGCAAAGCGAUUGUUUCUUUUAAUUCCGUCUUCAUUUUCCUCUCUCAGACGCGACGGCGCGUUGAUGCUCGCUGGACCCCAGGUUGGAGGUGAGAUAGAGUGCGUGACGCAGACCGCGCCAUGGAGGUGACGAGGAAGAACUUCAGGGCGACGCUGAGUGUUGUGUGCGAGGCCAUCAACGAGGCCGACUUUUUGGCACUUGAUGGAGAAUUCACAGGCAUCAGUGACGGACCAUCUAUUGGAACUUUGAGCAACGGACUGGACACCCCAUCCGACCGCUUCAACAAACUGCGCAAACAUUCCUUGGACUUUUUGCUGUUCCAGUUUGGUCUCUGCGCCUUCCGAUACGACAGCACUUUAGAAAAGUACAUCAUCAAGGCCUUCAACUUUUAUGUGUUCCCACGACCACUGUUCAGGAAUUCACCCGAUGUCAAGUUUGUGUGUCAGAGCUCGAGUAUUGAUUUCCUUGCGGCACAGGGCUUCGAUUUCAACAAAGUCUUCCAGGAAGGCAUCCCAUACCUGUCGCAGGAGGGAGAGAAGAAGGUGCGCGAGAUUGUGGAGGAGCGCACGAGGCAGAGCGGCGCGGGCAUCACAGGAGUCACCCCCUUUACAUCCCCCGCCUCCAGCAAGGGCCUCACCGUGGUGCCCGACGACCAGAAGGAGUACAUCGCCGACGUGGUGUGUAAAGUGGAGAACCUGCUGAAUGACCCCAAACAGACGACCCUCGACCUCCCACCCUGCAACGCGUUUCAGCGGAAGCUCAUAUAUCAGACAAUGAAUUCCAAGUUCUCGACGGGUCUGCACUUUGAGACCCUGCAAAAUGAAAAGAGGGACCGGUACAUCGUCGUGACGAAGGUAUCGGAGGAGGAGAGACGGAAGAAGGAGGAGGAUAAGCACUCAAAAGGGCUGGAGGAGCUGCAAGACGCUGUAGGGUUCACCAAAGUCAUCCAGGCCAUCUCCAAGUCGGGUAAACUCCUUGUAGGCCAUAAUAUGCUGCUGGAUGUCAUGCACACCGUGCAUCAGUUCUACUCUCCGCUUCCUGAGAGUUUGGACGAGUUUAAGGAGCUGACAAACUGUGUGUUUCCCAGGCUAUUGGACACAAAGCUCAUGAGCAGCACACAUCCUUUCAAGGAGGUGAUACAGUUCACCACGCUGGCUGAUCUUCAUCGGCGGCUGAGCGAGACUCCCUUCAAGAUGCCGGCAGUCGAGAGUGCAGAGGGAUUCCCUGCGUACAGCACGGCCGUGGAGCAGUUGCACGAGGCCGGGUACGACGCCUACAUCACGGGGCUGUGCUUUGCUUCAAUGGCCAACUACCUGGGCUCAUUCAUGGAUCCUCCAAAGAGCCACAUUCCUGCACGUUCCCAUCUCAUCGAGCCAUUUGUCAACAAGUUGUUUCUGAUGCGCAUCAUCGACAUCCCGUACCUCAACUUGACCGGGCCUGACUUGAAACCGAACCGGGACCACGUUCUCCACGUCACCUUCCCCAAGGAGUGGAGGACAAGCGACCUCCACCAGCUCUUCAGCGCCUUCGGUAACAUCCAGGUGUCGUGGAUCGACGACACGUCCGCAUUCGUGGCUCUGAGCAAGACUGAGCAGGUGCAGAUCGCCAAGAACACGAGCAGUGAGGCCGAGUCGUACCGCAUCCAGACGUACUCCGAAUACCUGCAACAGGGCCAGGACGGCCUCUUGGAGUCGGCGGGAGGCUUUGGGCCCCGCACGCCAAAGCGGAGGAUGGGGUUGUCUGGUACCAGCGAAGAGGAGGCAGUUUGCAAGCGAGCCAAGCCCACGUUUGGAGAGGACGCGGUGAAUGACGGCUUGGUGUGGGGCCUCCCCGUGGAUGCCGAGGUAGAUGGGCCGGGAGCCAGCAAGGCCUCGCUCGACGGCACAGUGGCCGGCAGGUCCAGCCCCUUUGCUGCCGACGGCCACACGGCCACCCCCGAUGGAGUCCUUGACCGCAGGCGGAAAAGGAGCAAAGGGCAGCCCAAGACAGGGGCUGCUGGUGCUGCCAAGCGCACGGGCAUCUUCGAUGUGCCCGACUGGUAGAUACGUCCCUUUCCAUGGCAGCUAUUGACUUCCUGACCUCUGACUCGCAGCUCUUGAACUGACUUCUGUCACCUAACUCCUUAAUGCUGCCCUUUGACAUCCGACCUCCGACCCUCAACUCUUGCACCUGCCCUCCUCACACCUUUGUCCAUCACCCUCUCCUCAGAACAAAAAGUCACAUGUAUUGUGUUGUGUGUAAGGUGCGAGUCAGUAGGUACAUAUGUGUAGGUGUGUGUUCUCGACCCCCUGUAGGUGCUUCAGAGUAUGCAUUUGUGUGCAUCUGUGUUGGGGUGUGUGUGUGUGUCUGAGGUGCUCGCUAACAGCACUUGCCCCGAGUGUCUUAAUGGCUCUUUGAGUUCAGUGCGUAUGUGUAGUUGUUACACGUGUGUUUGCACGAGUGGUCAUUAAACGUAUGUGCAUGUAUGUCGGUGUAGUUUGCGUGGUGUUAAUAAUUGUGGUCAGUACAAGUAGGAUAACACUUGUGUCGAUAUGUUGAGCUGUUUGCAAGUAUGAGUUGUCAGUGCAAAUGUGUUGCAUGUUUUGUCAGUGUGUGUUAGUGUAGGUGAGUGAACAGUAUGUGCAUCCUUGUGUCACUGGUCGAUACAAAUAUGCACUAAUGUUUGUCUUUAUAUUCCGUAACAGUGUGUGUGUGCAAUUGAUGUCAACACAUUCAUGUACGUACCAUUGUAGGAGUGCGUGUUCACGGUCUGUAUAAACAAAUGUCUGUAUGGUCUGUACAAACGUGUGAGAGCAGUGUUAAUACGUACAUGUGUGAACAUAUCAAUAUGUAUGAUUGUGCCAAGAUGGUCUGUGAAAGUCUGUUGUAAGUAAAUGCUUGUCGUUCUCGGGAUAGUAGUGUGUUUGCGUGUCCGGUGUGGUCUGUAAACCAGCGCGUUCUGAAGGCCGCACACAGCACUUGCAUAACCGGGCAUGUCGUUGUCACAAGGCCCUGGUGGCGUUGUUUAAAUACGGCAAACUUGGUCUCAAGACUUAAACUCUGCCGAGUUGGCAAUUGCUCAUUUCAAUGUCUCCGUGUCAGGUUCCCUUUUGUUAGGCACUUUAGAACCCGGCUACUGUGAGUUGAUUAAAUACAUGGUGCCAGAGGUGAUGGAAUUUGAUGUGUUGCCAAGUGUGUUUUUAGAACUGGGACGUCAUUAUCCUUGAUGAUUUAGUUUUUUGAAAAAUAUUUGAAUCCCACGUUUUUUGGGUUUAAAAAUGAACUUUUUUAUAUUGUGGUAUUGUUUGUGGCUAUAACUGCCCAUUGUGUUUGUAACAUGUUUUUAUAGUUAUUUUAUUCAUCUCAUGGGUAAAACGGGGCGUCAUUCACCCACAUGGAGGAAGCAUGGCAAAGAGGUCACGUUUGAUGGUGCAAAUUAAAAUACUUUUCAUUUUUAUAUACAUUUUAUAGUUAAUUUUAUUUUAAAAAAAUUAACUAAAAAUUGAAAAUACAAGGGCAGUAUCUAUAAUAUUUUUUUGAAGAACUCGAGGUAAAAGUUUUUUUUACAAGUAUGAAUGGAUUCAUUUGACUUCCCAUCACAAGUUUUGACCUGGCUAUAUUUGCCAUUGUUUACCUAUGACCAUGUUGUGAAUGGGGCUUUCAAAAAGCGACAUCAAACUUGGUCCAAUAACCUAGACACAAAAAUAAUAAAAUUAAACUUUCAAAACUCGAAUCUUACACUUCAGGUGUUGUGACCACGUUCUACAAACAGGCCCCGUUAUCUCCUCGUCGCUGUCCAUCGUUAAACGGGUGGGUUGGGGGGAGGGGGAGCGUGCUGUCCUCCGUUGGGGGACGUUAAGCUGGCAGGGCGGGGGACGGUUGGCGGGCACUGAAGCGAGGACACUGCCGUUAAUUUGUGUCGAUCGGUCAGAACCGGCCGAGGCAACCCCCCCGGAAGUCUCGCACGGAAUUUUGUCGCUAUCGUCCAGACUCGCGUGGUUUUGUGAAUUUUUAACAGGUGGAGUGAUUUCACGAGAGAUCUAUCCCCUACCUCUUGCCCUGAUCUUGAGAAAAUCGCAUUUGUGCCGAAACCUGUACAUCUUUAGCUUUGUGUUUGUCUUUUCUAUUAAUAAAAUAAAAAAAUUUGUUCA